UUAGUGCUAUAAAAAUGUCUUAUGCACAUUGUAUGCCUUGAAGACAUUCACAAAUGAAGCAACAAGGUACAUAAAAACAAAUGAACUGUUCUGGAAUAAAUAAGCUCACCAAUCAGAUUACUGUUCACUAUGCCGCUCAAGUGCAACACACAAAAGUACUUACUCUUGUGACUCUAGGUAACAUUCAUCUCCACUCAGACCAAAGACACUAGCUCAGACCACAUUCAGACCAGACAGAAGAUGUAACUCUAGUUUUCUUUCAUCUAAGACUUCAUGCACAGUAACUGUUGUGCCUUCGUGACGUAUCACACCCCCUUAAGUGUAACUACCAAUUGCCAGCUGUGUUAAUGGUACGUUACAGUGUGCAUAUUAAGUUUAGUCAGGCAUCUGCAGAAGAGGUUACGGUGGAGAACGAUUCUAGUGUCACACCUACAAUGCCAGGAUAAUCACGCACAAGAGGCAGCUCUGAAACAGCUCCUGUCACACCCACUAGCUGUCUCCAUGCUGACAGCUCUAUAUAAGGUCCACUGCUUGGAGUUGAAACAAACAGACACGCCUUAGGAAGUCACUUGUGAUUCACAUAAUGACAGAUUGGAAAUCUAUGCUUCAUCUUCUUCUUUGUACAGUUCUUAGUGUGUACAUCAAUGGACAAGUCUAUCCAAAUGGGGACACGCCCACCAUUGACAGAGACUACAAGCCAGGCUGGUUUCAGAACAAGAGGCAUCCAUUACAACAAAACCCUCCAUACAUAAUGAAGAAACUAAUGGAAUCAAUUCAAGUAGAUGAAGACCAGCAGAAGCCAGGGUUUGACAAGGGAAUAAUCAAUCAGUCAACAGGUUUUCCCAAAAGCACUAUCCUAAUAAAAAGGGGGCGCACCUAUUGCUCUCAAAGCCUUGGCUGUAUAGAUGUGGUCCGUCCAGCUAGUGACUCAGUCAAAAGCAAUGGAGCAAAAAUACGAUUUGGUAAAGAAGUGCCUCAGCGGGCUCAGUGGGAUGAACAGGCAAAGAUAGAGGAGCAGCUGGCAGCAUUGGCCCCAGAAACACAGAAGCCAACAGGGAAACGUUCCUAUCACUACUGUUCACCAUCAAUGGGCUGUAUCAAUUUGGAUCCUCCAACCCGUGCAAUUAAUGAACUCAAAGAAACGUCAGCAAAACAAGUGCUUCGCUACGGAAAGAGAGCCUUUCUCAAUAGUUUAAAGAGGCAAAUGUUUAAAAUGGAUACAUUUAUCUAUUGCUCUAAGUCAAUUGGUUGCAUCGAUUUGAAACACCCUAACAGAUAUGGUGUGCUUCGAAUAAACAAAGCACUUGGGACUGAUCUAUCUGAUAUGCCUGAAGAGACAAAAACACAGUACGGAAAACAAAUCUGGUCAAAUGACAAAACAGGUGAAAGAGAUUCUUAUUUUUAACUUCAAAACAGUAGCCAAGUCUACAAUAACUCAAGAUAGUUUGGAAAAAAAAUUAAUUGAAUUUGAAAUAGUUGAUUAACUGAUGCUGUGUUACUUAACAGUAUUGUGAUACGCUCUUUCCACUAGAUCAAGGUUAAUUAAAAUUUUGGUAUAUUCAGGUAUAUUUUGUUUUUAAUUGAUUUUAUACAACCCCUUUACACCAAAACAUUA